CAGCCUCCGAGUUUGAGAUUCACCCCGAGGAUGCUCAUUUUCAGUUCAGGUUUCAUCACCGUGGGUCCGGUCCGGACUGGUCCACUCUGGGGCAGACCGUCCUCCGGGUGGCAGUAACUGGAGGGAACUGACUUCGGAGCCAGGCCAAGGUCACACACCUUCCAGGAAAUGACCAGCUGCGUCCUGGGGUCGGAUGGGCGCUUCCUCCGAGGGUAUAAUCAGCUCGCCUUCGACGGCACCGACUACCUGGCCACGAACGAGGACCUGCGCUCCUGGACUGCAACGGACAAGGCGGCACGAAUUGCCUGGCGCAAGUUGGUGCAGGUUGCUGAUGUGGACUACUGGAGGGGGGAACUGGAGGACAUGUGCGUGCACCGGCUCCUCCUGUUCCUGGAGAAGGGGAAGGAGACGCUGCUCUGAGCAGACCCUCCAAAGACACACCUGACCCACCACCCCAUCUCUGACCAUGAGGUCACCCUGAGGUGCUGGGCCCUGGGCUCCUACCCAGCUGACAUCACCCUGACCUGGCAGCAUGAAGGGGAGGACCUAACCCAGGACAUGGAGCUUGUGGAGACCAGGCCUGCAGGGGACGGGACCUUCCAGAAGUGGGCAGCUGUGGUCAUGCCCCCUGGAGAGGAGCAGAGAUACACAUGCCAUGUGCAGCACCAGGGGCUGCCCGAGCCCCUGACCCUGAGAUGGGACACCCUCCUCAGACCACCAUCACCAUUAUGGGUAUUGCUGCUGCCCUAGGUCUCCUUGGAGCUGUGGCUGCUGGAGCUGUGCUAUGAGGGAGGAAGUGCUCAGGUGGGCAAGGGGUGGGGCUGAGUUCCCUGUCCCCCUGGGGGUCAAGCCCAGGUGGAAGUGUGCUCUGUCUCCUUAAUGGGCAUUGUGUCCUCACACAGGGUGCUUGUCCAUCUGGGGCCUAUUUCCUAACACUGACUCUUUAGUGAAGCCCCUGGGAAAGUGAGGGACACAUUUAUCCCCUGAUGAUUCUAGCGAUGG